AUGCAACUCUCGCUUACGCUAUCUCUGGCCAUCUCGCUGUUACCCCUGUUGAAGGGAGCAGCAGCAGCCAAAGUCCCCAAGAAUGCAAUCCUCCUCUCGGACGUCAAGUCCCUCACACUCCGCGGCAGCGGCGCAAAGACAACUCACCGCCGCGUGCCCGCCGCCCCCCAGCUGAAAUGCAUCUCCUCAAAGGCCAUCUGCGAACUGCACGACAUUGACGUCAUGCGCUGCACAAACCAGGGAUCUGGAUACUCUUCCGAGGACAUCCAGUGGUCUUGUGUAGCUUCCCUCCCAGAGGAGCUGAAGCUCGGUUCGACAGACGUUGUCUGUGAAGGCUACUCCUCUCGCGAUGACCCGUACGUUCUUAAAGGGAGCUGCGGAGUAGAGUACCGUCUUGCGCUCACGGAGAAGGGUGAGCGGAGGUAUCCCAACCUGGGUAAGAGCCGUGGAGGUAGCGGUAGUGGCGACGAGUCAGACUGGGGUGCAAUUCUCUUUGGCAUCUUAUUCUUCGCCGUUCUGGCUUGGAUCGUCUACUCGGCGUGCGUUGCAGGUGCACAGAAUCGGAGGGCCGGAGCCGGUCAACGCCGUGGAGGCGGCGGUGGUGGAGGAGGAGGUGGAGGCGGAGGCGGAUGGGAUCCCGGCUUCGGCCCCGAUAACAAUGACCCUCCGCCGCCCUACCCUGGCAACAAACCUUCAGGCUGGCAGGCCGGAAAUCAGCAGGGCUGGAGACCUGGAUUCUGGAGCGGAACAGCGGCCGGUGGCGCCGCGGGUUACGGUGCUGGGUACUAUCAUGGACGAAACAGCGCGAGAAAUCAACGGGGUUACGGUUCAGGCUGGGGAAACGACGACAGUAGCGGCAGCUCUUGGGGUGCCGGUCCUUCCAGGUCAUCGACGAGCUCCUCUAGCUCGUCGGCGCGUCGUGAAAGCACCGGUUUCGGGUCUACAAGCAGAAGAUAG